CAACAACAGCAGCAGCAACACCCGCCACAACACCUUCACCACCUCCAUCACCACCACCAGCAACAGCAGCAACACCUCGAAGGAACCAACUCAGCGUCGAAGCUGCUUCACUACUUCUCUCAAGGGCAACAAGGCUACCCAGGCUUCACCUACCCCGGCACCACCUACCCACCACACACCUAUGAAUACCACGACUACAUGGGCGGGUCGGAGGGGUUCUACCAGUCUCAAUACGACCCUCAGGGCUACACCCACAGUCACCCCCAUUUCACCCACCCCGCCUUCAGUACCAGACCGUCACACUACCACAGGCUGUCUACCUUCUCUACAGGUCCAAGGAGUGAGGUGAGUGGUGACGGGGGCGGCAGCGAAGGUGGUGUGAGUGGCAGUGUGGCCGUGAGUAGUGAGGGAGAGAUCUUUGAUGACGUCGAUCGCUCUGAAUUCGAUCGGUAUCUGAAGGGUCCAGAGCGUGUGGCCGCCGUCACCGCCUCCUUCACCUAUACCCCACCUGCUAAUCCAAGGUACCUGCAGGUUGGCGGAGGUACUGAGCAGUAUCAGGAGUCCCAGUUCGUGACGCUGAUCAAGGAAGAGCCCGACGAUGGAGUCACUAUUUGCACAUCCGGGGCAGGAGGAGGUGCUGACGGAGGUAGCAGCGACGGUGAGAGCAAAUCUACGGACACAGCUCACCCGUCUCCAGAACACCGCAAAUCCGACACCAACACCUCCAGCCUUCUGUCAGCCCUCGCCGAUGUCAGGGAGUUGUAUUACGAGCAUUCUUAAGGUCCCUGUCACCAUCGUCAGGCAGUUAAAGGUCUUCCAAGCUUUUCCCAAGUAGAAGAGUCUCCCAUUUGAAGUGAUUUUUGAUGUUUCUGAAUGAAGUCAUGUUUAGGUGUUUUAGUUGUGGUUAUUAUUGUUUACCGGGACUGACUUGUAAACAAAAUGUGUCCCUUAAAGACUCGUUCUACACAACAACUGAUAAGUGUAGUACGAGAGACGCCCCCCUCCCCCCUCCCCCCCCCAA